AAAUAUUCGUUUCCCGCGCACCGUGAACCGUCUUUGUAAUUCGGUAUUGUGAAUUGUCUCAAUAUUAAAUUCUUUAUUAGACCUAUAAUAUAUAUUUUUAGAUAUUUCGUACAUCUUCUCAAACUACAAUAUUUAGUUGCGAUGGAUCUCCUAAAAUUAUGUGAAAAAUAUUUCAACACAACCAAUUUGUACGAAGUUCUUGGAAUAUCAGAAAAUGCUUCCGAGAAAGAAGUUAAAAAAGCAUACCACAAGCUUUCACUUAAAGUUCAUCCAGAUAGGGUUAAAGAUGAUCACAAAGUAGAAGCUACAGAAAAAUUUAAGGUACUUGGCGGUGUUCACGCUAUUCUGAAUGAUAAGGAGAAGAGGCGAUUGUAUGAUACUACUAAGAGUGUUGAUGAUGAAAACAAUGUUAUUGAGGAUAGAGAUUGGACAGUAUAUUGGCGAUUACUGUUCAAAAAAAUAACUGAGGAAGACAUAAGGGCUUAUGAGAAAGAGUACAUUGGUUCUGAAGAAGAAAGAAAUGAUCUAAAAAAUGCUUACCUAACAUGUAAAGGAGAUAUGGAUUACAUUGUUGAUCAAGUGCAAUUUGCAAGAUCAGAACAUGAACCUAGGCUUAGAGGAAUAUUAACAGAAAUGAUUGAACAAGGUGAAAUUCCAUCAUAUAAAAUAUUUACUCAUGAGCCUGCCAGAAAACGCCAGCGAAGACAUGCUAAGGAAAACCGUGAAGCUAAAGAAGCUGAACAAUUGAAGGCUGAACUCAAUUUAGAUGCAGGGGAAAAUAGCUUAGAAUUAAUGAUUCAAAAAAAGCAAGAAGCCAGAACCAAAGAUAUGGAUUCAUUCCUUAACAAUUUAGCUGCAAAAUAUGGUGGAGAAAAAGCAAAAAAAGGUUCUAAAAGAAAGAUGCCAUCAAACAAACAGGAGACAGGACAAAAAAAACGAAAAAAGUGAAUAUAUUUCUAUUUAUUUUAGAAAAUUUAACUUAAUUUCAGAGUAAUAAAGCAUGUUGCUAUUGAGUGAAAUAAAAAUAUCUAAUGUA